AUGGAGAAAGCUGAGCUUCGCGAGGGAGAGAGCAGCGCUCGGCAAUGGAGAGAACAGAGCUCGGUGAUGGAGAAAGCUGAGCUUCGCGAGGGCGAGAGGCGCGGAGAGGGAGAGCUGCAGCAGAUCUCAGAGGCACGGCGAAGGCGAGAGGCGCGGAGAGGGAGAGCUGCAGCAGAUCUUAGAGGCACGGCGAGGGCGAGAGGCGCGGAGAGGGAGAGCUGCAGCAGAUCUCAGAGGCACGGCGAGGGCGAGAGGCGCAGCGAGAGAGAGUUGCAGCAGAUCGCACGGCGAGGGCAAGAGGCGCAGCGAGGGAGAUCAGAGGCGCGGCGAGGUAGAGCGAGGGAGAGAGCAGAGCAGAUCUUGCGACGCUAG